AUGGAUGGUGAGUUCCAGCUAUUACAGAGGAAUUGCAUGGACAAGUACUACCAGGAGUUUGAAGACGCAGAAGAGAGUAAGCUCACCUACACACCUACUUUUUACGAAUAUAUUUCUUUGGUAGAAAAGUAUAUAGAAGAACAGCUGUUGGAGCGGAUUCCUGGAUUUAACAUGGGGGCUUUCACUACAACUUUACAGCACCAUAAAGAUGAAGUGGCCGGUGACAUUUUCGACGUGCUUCUCACGUUUACAGAUUUUCUAGCUUUUAAAGAAAGCUUUCUGGACUACCGAGCAGAAAGAGAAGGCUGGGGACUGGACUUAAGCAGCAGUUGA